AUGCGUGAGGGUGGCGCCGCUGGAAUAUCAUUAUCAGCAUCGGCAGCACUAUGUCGGAUUAGUUCCGCCAAAAGUGCUGUACAGGUUCGUUGUCGAGCAUGUCAAGAAAUUUUGUCAUGUCCACUGGCAUUACGUGAACAUUGUGAGAGUCGUGCACAUUCCGUCCGGAUAACACAAUUUACAUCGAUGCCUAGUGAAACCGGAAACGCUUCGGAUGGUAGUUCUGCGCCACCAACAGCAGCUAUAUCAGUAUCACCAAGUCCUGAAACUGUUCUCGAAUGUCGACAUUGUUCUUUUGAGACAACCGAUACUGCGGGCGCUAUCGAACACAUGCAGCAACAUCCACCAAAUGUAGAAGAUACUGAAAUAGAACAGGAAAGUUUAAAUCUGGAUGCCGAUUGUGGUAAGUGUAUUUUGCAUUACAGUAGUAUUAGAGUAGAGAUAUACAAUUAG